UUCGGCCCAAGUUAAAGUCGUUUGGCUUUUUAUUUCACUUCAUUGUUUGGUUUGGUGUCAGACUCAGAGACUCAGAGCAAAGAUGUGGGCGACGGCGGAAGGUGGUUCGCCGGAGGUUACUCUAGAAACUUCCAUGGGUUCCUUCACCGUUGAGCUGUACUACAAGCAUGCACCAAGAACUAGCAGGAACUUCAUUGAACUAUCUCGCAGAGGUUACUAUGACAAUGUUAAAUUCCACAGGAUCAUCAAGGAUUUCAUAGUGCAAGGUGGGGAUCCUACUGGAACAGGAAGGGGUGGAGAGUCAAUUUAUGGUGCAAAGUUUGAAGAUGAGAUCAGGCAAGAGUUGAAGCACACUGGAGCUGGUAUCUUAUCCAUGGCAAAUGCUGGCCCAAAUACUAAUGGCAGUCAGUUCUUUAUUACUCUGGCACCAUGCCCUUCUCUGGAUGGAAAACACACAAUAUUUGGAAGAGUUUGUCGGGGGAUGGAAAUAAUCAAGAGGCUUGGCAGUGUCCAAACAGAUAACAAUGAUAGACCCAUCCAUGAUGUGAAGAUACUACGGACAUCAGUCAAGGAUUGAGAUCAGCUGCAUGAUAUCUACGAUGUGGAGAAAAUGUAGUUUUAUUAUCAAUUCCUGACAGAGUUAUUACCGAAUGUCAAGGCUUAAUCAGGCUUCAUGGUUAAAGCAUAAGAACUGUAUUUUUCUGUACUAGUCACUGACACACUGAAGACAUUAAACCAUGUUCUUGACCUUAAUUUUUUUGGCAUUUUGGGACUAUAUUUCUUGCAAUGAAAGAAACUUGAAUCUGAUAUGUA